CUGUUCACAUGAUAAGGCGGAAAGUUCAGAGGGUCUCUUCAGUGGUUGCUCGUACAGGCUCGCGGGGAGUCUGAGAGUCUUUAUCUUUUAAACAGUUUUAUUUUUUUAACGGUAUUAUUUUUAAGAGGGUUUGUGGAGCCGGAGCGAGGAUGCAGCGAGUACCUGUCCUAGCGCUCGCGCUCGCGCUGUGCAGCGGGGUCGCGCGCUCGGACACACCUGCCAAUUGCACCUACGAGGAGCUGCUGGGGACGUGGAGCUUUCAGGUGUCCGACGUAGGGAAGGACAGAAACAUCAACUGCUCGGCCCCAGGUCCGGUAGUGAAGACAAUCACGUUGACCUUACAGAAGCUCUCUGUUGCUGUGGACGACCUCGGCCACACUGGCUUCUUCACGCUCAUCUACAACCAGGGCUUCGAGGUGGUGCUGAACGACUACAAGUGGUUCGGCUUCUUCAAGUACUCUCAGCAGGGUUCCGCAGUGACCAGUUACUGUGACCAGACGCUGCCUGGGUGGGUUCAUGAUGUUCUGGGGAAUAAUUGGGCAUGUUUUACGGGGAAGAAGGUUCAGCCCCUUCCACCAAAAUCUGUCCAAAGCCCUGCCAACACCUUCGCACACAACCCGUUCCUGCAGAUGUACAAGUAUGAUCUGGACUUUGUGGAGAGGAUUAACUCUGUCCAGAAGUCAUGGAGAGCUGCAGUGUACAGGGAGCAUGAGACCUUCACCAUCCAGCAGCUCAUGCAGAGAGCAGGAGGGCGAUCGUCACACAUCCCACAGCGUGUCCGACCUACCCCUGUUACCGCAGAGAUGCUGAAGAUGGCAGCAGGUUUGCCAGAGCAAUGGGACUGGAGAGACGUCAACGGAGUCAGUUAUGUCAGCCCAGUCCGCAACCAAGCAUCGUGUGGAAGCUGCUACUCAUUUGCCUCGAUGGGGAUGCUGGAGGCCAGAAUCAGAAUCUUAACCAACAACUCUGACACUCCUGUGAUCAGCCCUCAGCAGGUCGUCUCCUGCUCUCAGUAUUCACAAGGUUGUGACGGUGGUUUCCCGUACCUGAUCGGUAAAUAUAUCCAGGAUUUUGGAAUUGUGGAGGAGAAGUGUUUUCCGUACACGGCUAAAGAUUCCCCAUGCAAGGUCCCGGCUGAGUGCGUGCAUUACUACGCUUCCGACUACCACUAUGUGGGUGGGUUUUAUGGGGGCUGCAGUGAGACAGCGAUGAUGCUGGAGCUGGUGAGGGAUGGCCCCCUGGCAGUGGCUUUGGAGGUGUACUCUGACUUCAUGAGCUAUAAGGAGGGGAUUUAUCACCACACUGGCCUGCGCGACACUGUCAACCCCUUCGAGCUCACCAACCAUGCUGUGCUGCUGGUGGGUUACGGCCGCUGCCACAAAACUGGAGAGAAGUACUGGAUCGUCAAGAAUAGCUGGGGGGCCUUGUGGGGCGAGAGUGGCUACUUCCGAAUCCGUCGUGGGACGGACGAGUGCGCUAUCGAGAGCAUCGCCGUAGCUGCCAUGCCAAUCGCUCGGCUGUGAAGAGAUUAGAUUACAUGCAUCUGCCUGGAUUCUCUUAAAUUGUUAUUGAUUUUUCUAAAUGAUGCUGCAAGUGAGUUUAAUCAAUAAUUCAGCGAAGAAUCAGAUUCCCAUGUCAAAUGUAGUCGAUCAGCCGCGUCACGUUUGCAGGCUGAUCGGCUGCAUUUGGGUAACUGAUAUUUGCCUCAUCUGUCGCUUUAAGUGUGUUCGUGCUACUUUGUGCCUGUGUUCAGUCUAUUUUAAGCCAUUUUAAGGGAAAAAAUUGCCACUUUGCUCUGAUGUUUAACAUGAUUUUUCUUCUAAAAGCCUCAAGUGACAAGAUGAAGGCUUUGCACACAAUAUUCAGGUAACACAUGCUGAGGGACACAAGUGGUCUUUUUUGUAGUUUAGUGAGUUUAGUCUCACCAGUCAGGUGUUUCCCUUUUGAUCAACAUCUUAAUCAUGUAGUGGUUUUUUUUUUUUGUUUUUUUUUUCUCCUCUUCUUUAACUUUUUUUGUGCUGCUGUGCAGCCUUUCAUAAAGAGGUCAGGUCUGUUUUUUAAGGGAUAAUUAGUUCUUAGGGUUUUGGAAAGGGAUUAUUUUCCAUUAGCAUAUGUGCUAGUGUCCACCAGGGGUCAGCCAUGGCCUUCUCCCAGGACCCCAGAACUCCAGUUCACUAGGAAGGCCUUGUUUUCCCCCACUGCUGGCUGUAGCUUAAAAAAGGGAUGUUCUGUAAAAGUCUGUAACACCAGAUAAAUCGCAGGUUUUAAUCAGUUUGUUGGUUUUUCUCAGUCUUGUUUUUCUUCAGAAUGUUUGCUAAUCUUUCACUCCUUUCACGGAGACCUGGCUUCGUCUCGCUGCGAUGGUCAAGUCUCAGCGUUCUGUUUGAUGGAACACUUUAGGGACUGUCCACUUGGGCACAUUUUGUAGUUUUAUAAAUUAAUGUCCAAUAAAAGCUGCUUUUAAAGUUU